AUGCCACAGUCAGCCAACAAAUGGCACCUAAAUGUGGGUCUGACAAGUGAACUCAAAAACACACAGAAGUGUGGUCACAUGUACAAGGGAGCACGUGAGGGAUCCCACAAGAAAAUUGCACCACAGGUGGAGAGGUAUGAAAGAAACCAUAAUGGAGAGAAGGCCUCUGAAUAUAUUCAGUGUGUUAAACCCCUUGCAUGUUACAAUCUUCUUCAAAGGCAUGAACAAAUUUAUUCUGCAGAGAAGCCAUAUGAUGGUAUUCAAUAUGAUGAAGGCUUUGCAGGUACCAAUUGUCUCCAAAUACUUAAAAGAACACAUGCUGGAGAGAAUCCCUAUGGAUGUAAUCAAUGUGGUAAAGACUUUUCAUAUGUCAGAAGUCUCCAAGUUCACAAAAGAGCACAUACUGGAGAGAAAAGCAAUGAAUGUAAUCAAAAUGAUAAAGCUUUUUCAAAAUGCUCUAAACUCCAAAUACAUGAAAGAACACAUACUAAAGAGAAACCUUAUGAAUGUAAUGAAUGUGGUAAAGUAUUUGCAUUUCAAUAUAAUCUCAAAUUACAUAAAAGAACACAUACUGGAGAGAAACCCUACACAUGUAAUCAGUGUAAUAAAGCUUUUAUGUGUAAUAGUGAGCUUAACAGACAUAAAAGAACACAUACUGGAGAGAAACCUUAUAAAUGUAAUCAAUGUGAUAAAGCUUUUGCGAGGCAUAGUUACCUUCCCAGACAUAAAAGAACACAUACUGGAGAGAAACCUUAUAAAUGUAAUCAAUGUGAUAAAGCUUUUGCGAGGCAUAGUUACCUUCCCAGACAUAAAAGAACACAUACUGGAGAGAAACCUUAUAAAUGUAAUCAAUGUUAUAAAGCUUUUGCGAGUCAUAGUGACCUUCACAGACAUAAAAGAACACAUACUGGAGAGAAACCCUAUGAAUGUAAUCAAUGUGGUAAAGCCUUUUCACUUAACAGUAGUCUCCAACUUCACAAAAGAACACAUACUGGAGAGAAGCCAUAUGAAUGUAAUCAAUGUGGUAAAGCCUUUUCACAACACAGUAAUCUAAAAUCACAUAAAAGAAUACAUACUGGAGAGAAACCUUAUAAAUGUAAUCAAUGUAGUAAAGCCUUUGUAAGUUAUAGAAGUGUACAAAUCCAUCAAAGAAUACAUGCUGUAUAG